GGGACAGCAGCGAGGAUCCACGUAAAAACAGAGACGACAGCCGAUGGCUCGCUCCACCUGCUGCAGAAUCACCAGAGAGUCUACUGAACAGCAGCUUUCAGCCAUCUCAUCCUCCUCAUCCUCCAUCAGAGCUGCAGAAGGUCUCUGUGAGCUGAUUGCCCCCCCUUGAACAUGGUCCGCCCUCUGCUCUUUCUGUCUGCUCUCAUUGAACUUGCAUGUGCUCAGCAGAUAAUUACACCGUCCUCAGUAUUGAACAUCAGCUCAUGCCCCAUCACGUAUUAUGGAAAGAAGUAUGAACAACUCUAUGUGAACAUCACGACUGAAAACUUUGCGCUCUGCUUUGAUGGUUUCUUCAAAACUCAAACUGGAGGAGACUGUCUUGUGGGGCCUACAGCCAGCUAUGUUACUUUACACAUAGAUUCACAAAAUUCAAAAUUGGAAUCACAAGUCCACCAAGAAGUGCCAUCGAUUAAGGCCAGCAUGGAAUGCAGCUUGGAAUUCUUCAUGGAGUACACCAACACGACAAGUGCCGAUUUGUAUUUGUUAAGUUUUGGGAAACAAGCAGCUCUAUUUGUGUUCACAGAUGUGACAACUAAGGUGGACUUUGAAGUUCACAUUGGUGGUACCAAAGUUACUACAGUGUACAAGAAUACAGUACAAGAUAUCAGUGGAUGCAGACACUCAGGUACUGCAUAUGAACCUGACACUGUGGUGAGCUCUAAUCCAGACACCUGCUCCAUACUCACCUGCUCUGAGACUGCAGUCCUUGAAACCCUUGGUUGUGGUCCACUGGAGCGUUGUCAAGGAAACAACACCUGUGUAGUGGACACCACCUGUACUGUGACUGGCCCAACUGUCAUCAACGUCCAUGGCCAAGUCAACUCCAUCAAGGAUCGGUGUGCCUACUCUCUGGUUUCGAUUCCGUCAAUCCCAAACUUCUACCUCAUGGCAAAUUUCAGAGACCGCCGCCGUAAAGAUGUGAGCUUUUUGGACAGUGUGAUACUGCAUCUAGAUGGGCCAGGUGUUCAUAGUCACCUGGAACAAGGCGGGACAGUUUGGCUGAACGACUCCACGCUGACCCUCAACAGCUCAUCUCAGCUGGUUCACGGUGUGCAGCUCUCUAAGGACCAAACUGGAGUCACUGCCAAGCUGUCGCUCUCCAACCUCACCAUCUCUGUCUUCUUUGACGGCGACACCGCACAGAUCCACUUAGAAGGACCUGCUGGUUCAUCUGUGGAGGGUCUGUGUGGAAACUCCAGCAGGUCUCUGAGUGACCUGAGACUCUCUGAGUACAGCUCCACCAGCUGUGAGAUGCAGUACAGUGAGCCUGCUGACAGCACGAUCAACUGCACCAGUGUGACUGAACGCUGUAAUCUCCUGAAGGAGGCGCCCUUCUCCUCCUGUAACAGUGACAUCGACCCAGAGCCCUACAUAACCGCCUGCACCGACACUUUGUGUAAAUAUCCUGCAGUGGACGGACUCAACUGUCAGUUCCUGAAGGCCUACACCAGAGCCUGCAGUCUACACAACCACACUCUGGAUGGCUGGACAUCAAAGACCGGCUGCUCCUCUGAGGCCUUCUGUCAGGACAGGACCUGCAGCGAUCACGAGUUCUGUGGUGAGAAGACGGUCGGUGGUGACACUCGCUGCUUCUGUCGGGCCAUUUUUGCCUCCAAGUACCAAGCAAACAACUCUUUGGGUGAUCCAACGGUCUGCAUGCAGGACUCUGGUUCACUCACUCUGGUCGGUUGUCUCCUGGAGGACAAAGGCAUCGACUACUCUACCUUACACCUCAACGACCCGACCUGCAGGGGUCAGGUGGACGAGCUCACCCACAUGGUGACCUUCAGCUUCAACAGCAGCAACAGCUGUGGGACGGAGGUCACGGCCAACAACAGCUACAUCAUCUAUCAGAACACCAUCAGGAGCCAGAAUUACUCUUCUGAUGUCAUCUCUCGCCAUGACCAAGUCCAGAUCAACUUCUCCUGUGUCCACAGUCAGCCAAACAUCAAUACUGCGACCUUCAGAAUCAGAGACUGCUCCGUUGCACAGAAGAUCUCAUGUGGAGUUUGGAAUUACACUCUGAUUAUCAAGGCCUACACUGACGCUGGGCAGACACAAGUUGUGCAGCUGAACAGUGAAGUGAGACUGAACCAGAGGAUCUGGGUAAAGCUGGAGACUAAUGGGCUGGAUGGAAGCAUGGUCACUGUGGUGAGCGACUCCUGCUGGGCAACCGACCAGGCAUCACCUACCAGCAGUCCGAGACAUGAUCUGAUCAUAAACGGCUGUGCGAACCCCGCUGACCCGACAGUGGCGGUGGAGGAAAACGGACUGGGAACCUCCAGCUUGUUCUCCUUCAACAUGUUCCGGUUCAUUGGGGGUUCUGGUGAAGUCUACCUGCACUGCAAACUCCACCUGUGUCCCAAAGAGGACACCAGCUGCACACCGAAUUGUAAUGCAGCAGCUCGCAGACACAGAUCUGUUGGAUCCAAAUACGAAGGUGAAGCCUCCAUCAGCAUGUCCUGGACUCAUUAGCUAACUUCAGGUGGUUUCCAUGGUGACUACGACUGACUGACCAGGUUCCAACCAAAUGCUGAACAUUGUUUUUGAGGACAGUGUUCAGCAGACAUACAGAGAGAUGCUACAUUGCUCCAUCUUCUUUAUUCAAUUUUAUUUAUAUAGUGCCAUUUCACAGCAACAGUUGCCCUGAGGCACUUUAUAUUGUAAGGUAGAGGCCCUACAAUUAU